AUGACCAGAAUACGUCCAGACUAUGAUGCCAUCGUCAUUGGCGCAGGCUUCAGUGGUGUGCGAUCUCUCUGGGAGCUCCGACGACUGGGGUUGACAGCAAGGUGCUUCGACGCCGGGUCAGAUGUAGGGGGCACCUGGUGGUGGAAUCGCUAUCCUGGAUGUCGGACUGAUGGCGAGGCUUGGGUAUACGCUUUGAAGUUCCUGCCCGAGCUGUUGGAAGAAUGGGACUUUACCGAGCGCUAUCCCCCGCAAGAGGAGAUUCAAUGGUACCUAAGUCGGGUCCUUGACCGUUACGACCUACGCAAGGACAUCGAGUUCAACACCGAAGUCAAGUCAGCCCACUACAGCGAUCAUGAUAGUAUCUGGAAGAUCACUACGGCGAGUGGGAAAGUGGCUACUGCGCGAUACUUUCUCCCUGCUACGGGUAUCACCUCGAUUCCCAAGGAGCCGCCCUUUCCGGGGCUCCAGUCGUUCAAAGGGGAGGUAUAUCAAACUUCGACGUGGCCAGCCCACGAGAUCGAAUUUGAGAACAAGCGAAUUGGUGUAAUUGGCACGGGCUCGACCGGAAUCCAAGUCAUCACCAAGCUGGCUCCAGUUGCCGAACAGCUGAUUGUUUUUCAACGGACGCCAAACUACGUUAUCCCCGCGCAAAACUAUCCUCUCGACGAGAAAAAAAGGGAAGAUAUCAAGAAAACGUUUGAUGCUACCUGGGAUAUUGCCAAACGAAACUUGGCCGGCCACGCGGUGAAGCAUUCAGGGCGCAUGGUCGCGAGUGCUGGCGGGCCCGAGGAGAUCCAACGAGUAUUCGAAGAUGGCUGGGCGCGCGGUUGUUACGACUUCCAGCUCGGCACAUUCGAUGAUUCCUUCAUGGAUCCACAUGCUAAUGCUGUCACGUCGGACUUUAUUCGUCAGAAAAUCCGCUCGAUCGUUCGCGACGGUGACACCGCCGAGGUUCUAUGCCCAACUUAUCCGUUUGGUGCAAGGCGUCCCCCCUGCGCAGAUGGGUACUACGAGACAUUCAAUCGAUCGAAUGUGAAGCUUGUGGAUAUCCGCGAAGACGAGAUCGAAGUCUACGACCAGGGUAUCAAGACUGCUUCCGGCGCGGAAUAUGAGCUUGACAUGAUCAUCUUGGCACUGGGCUUCGACACAGGCACAGGAGCCAUGAACAAGAUCGACAUCCGAGGGAGCCAGAACAGGUCGCUCCGGGAGUCUUGGACUCGGCGGCUAGAAACAUUCGCGGGCGUCUUGGUCCAUGGUUAUCCAAACAUGUUUGUCGUCUGCGGUCCUCACUUGCCCGCCGGGAACCAGCCGGUCAGUCUCGAAGCUUUCGCCAGCUGGAUCGGCAAGACCAUCGAGCAUAUGGAGACCAACGGGCUUGCCAGCAUCGACGUGUCGAACGAAGCUAUGGAUGCCUGGACGACGCAUGUCGAGCAAGUAUGGGGCGGUUCAUUCCUGGCCAAACACGCUCACGAGCAAGGCUCUUGGUUCGUCGGCACCAACAUUCCCGGGAAACCGUCCAGAAUCAUGUUCUACUUUGGCGGAAUGGUCAACCUGGAGCCUUGGCUCAUCAAGGAACUGGAAACCGGCUGGUCGAGUAUGAGCUUUACACGUCUGGACGGUGCCGAAGCUAGCAAUGGGGUGUCAAAACAGACCGUCGGCGGAGUCCAUGUCACGCCCGAGAUGCUGGAGUCCGUGCAAAUACCUCUCGAAGCGGACAAAGUGGGCAUGACCCCGGCGGAGAAGUCCAAGCUCGUGAAUGCUGCGACCGCUGUGUACAUCGACAUGGCUGUCGAGGAAAUGCGGAGCCGCGGACUGGCCCCGAAGGCGGAUUAUCGGGUUCACUGGUGGAAAGUCAUGCAGGACUUUGUGGAUUCUGGGGAGGGGCAAAGGGUCCUCCAGGAAACCUCUUUGACAAACCAAGAACUCGAAAGGGUGAUUGCCAAACUCGGCAUCGAAGGCGAGGUGAUUGCCAGAAUGGGCCCAGAGAUCGUGAACAUCCUGACCGGCAAAACCCACGCCCUGGCGCAUAUCAUGAGAGACGACCUGCUCUUCCGCGUGUAUCUCUCUGACGAAGGUAGGCGCGCCAACCGCUACAUGGCGGAAUACGCCAGACUUCUCACCUCACAGCGACGAGAUAUCCGAAUCCUGGAGAUUGGGGCGGGAACAGGAGGCACCACGUCGGAAGUCCUCAACCUCUGCAGCCCCAAUGGCGAAUCAUUCUGUGCCGAAUACAUGUACACAGAUCUCUCGCCGGGCUUCUUUAAUGCUGCGAAGACCACGCUGAAGAAAUGGGAGUCCCAUUUGGCCUUCCAGGUCCUCAACAUUGAGGAUGACCCUGCAGGCCAAGGCUUCAAAGAGCACACAUACGACUUGAUCAUUGCUGCAAACGUUAUCCAUGCGACGGCACGUCUUACGAACACUUUGAGCAAUGUUCACAAGCUACUAAAGCCCGGCGGUGUCUUUGGCCUUGUCGAGCUUACUCGAUUAACUCCUUUCUAUAACCUCACCUUUGGUUCGCUUUCUGGAUGGUGGGCUGGCGUUGACGAGGGGAGAACAGAGAGCCCCUUACAGUCUCCUCAGCAGUGGAAUAGCUUACUGAAGCAGACGGGCUUCUCUGGCGUUGAUCUGGCCGCGUAUGAUCUCCCUGGGCCAGAGAGACAUAGCUGUCUGUUGCUGUCGACGGCGCUGUCUAACUCCGUUACUACUAAUGGGCAUUGA